AUGAAACCAGGUAUUGCUACACGUUUAGAAAUGAGAAAAGGUGCAUGGACUGCUCAUGAAGAUACGCUUCUUAAGAAGUGUAUUGAGAAAUAUGGGGAAGGGAAAUGGCACCUUGUUCCUCUUAGAGCAGGUUUGCAGGAUGAAGUUGAUCUCAUAUUAAGGCUUCACAAGCUAUUAGGAAAUAGAUGGUCGUUGAUUGCUGGAAGAAUACCCGGAAGAACUGCUAAUGAUGUGAAGAACUACGGGAACACAAAUAUUCACCCUCGUUCCAAAAAACCGAAGAAAGAAUUUAGUGAUGCUAAACCGUUACAACACAUCACAACAGCAGUUAUUCAGCCAAAAACCACUUGCCUUCUUCAAUACCCUAAACCAAUGCAUGGGUGA